AUGGCUCCUGCAUGUCGGGAGUGCUUCCCGCACUAUUACGACUGGUCGUCGACGUACGCAAACGUCGGACACGAUGCCGCAAUGGGCGAACAACUAAACGGCGCGCGCAUCGUGACCCCGUUCGGCAUUGUGACGUACUCCAGCACGGAUGCACAACCGCGCGCGAGAAGCGUUGCACAAGAGAAUGAAGACGAGAACUCAUGCGACGACGACCCAUUGGUCCACCAAGUAAACCGUCAAGUGACGGAAGAGUACAGCCGAACGCAAGAGCCGUACAACCGAGUCGGCAUCCAGCUGCCGGAUGAGGAGAGGGGAGAGGUCUGCAGUAUUUCCUCGUCUGUUGCUCUGGCUGUCGACGAAGUGAACAGGCAAAUUCGCAGCGAGAUGCCCCUCAAGGGUUUGUGUGGGGGCCCUUGUCUGCAGUCGCCAAAACACGAUGACUUCCAGACCACCAUGCCGCUCGUGCCGAGUGUCCAUCGUGGCCAAGACCUACGAGACGAGGGACUGCUAGAAGAAAAACAAGUCGUCCCCGGGUCCACGGGUCUGCGCUGUUGUGAGCCAGAGUUCGUUCGAGUGCCUCCCGAAAUGGAACGCCAGCGCUCGAGCAGACUCCUCCAAGCCAUCAGUCCCCGCAAUAUGUGCUCUAAUGUAUUCGAGGACGUUCAACCGGAUUUCAUGGCUGAAUACGACGUUCCGAUUCCUGCGUGA